AUGUUUAACAACUACAAAUUGAAUUUAAAAGAAAAUGAGCUUUAUUAACAAUUCAUAGAGUAGAUUCAAGAUAAUUUGAAAGAUGAAUUCAUUCUAUUAAUUGAUACAUUUGAAUUUUAAGUAAAUCAACGUGUUCUUGAAUAAGAAAAGUUGUUAGAUUAGAUAAAUAAUUUGUAAUUGCAAACACAAAAUAAAUUAGAUUAAGAAUUAGCAAAGUAAUACUCUAUUCUAUUUAUUUUUUAGCAAUUUCGAUCUAUAAAAAUAAAUCAAUUAGUUAAAUGAAUAGUUGUAGUAACAAAAUACUCAAAUUUCAUUUCUAAAUAAAUCAAUGAAAAAUGUAUAUAUAGAACAAUUAGAUUUGUUUUCACCUAUCAAAGCACCUUCUCUUUCUCCUCAAAUUACAAGGACUUAAUGUAUUAUACCAUAUUUUUAUUAAUUAGCCAUGAAUAAACAAGUUAAAAGAAAACUAUUAUUGACAGAUAAAGAAAAUGAUAAUCAAGGUAAUUGUUACAGCAGCAUAAAAAAAAUAAGAUAGAAUGAAUAUUUUCUUGAUGAAUAGGAAUUUCUAAUUUAUUUCAAAGAAUAAUGUAUGAAAGAAUUUUUAGAUAAAUAAAUGGAGAGAGAAUAAGAAUUAUAUAAUUUAUGGUAGAAAAUGUAAAAUUAAAGUUUGAAUAAAUGUCAAUAAUUAUAAGAAACAAUUGAUUUUGUAUGUUCCCAAAUGGAUGCCUAUAAAUAACAAUAUCAUUCUGAUAUCAAAUUAUAUACUGAUGCACUUUAACAAUUAGAAAUAAGAGUUUCAAAAUACAAAAUUGCUUUUCAAUACAUACUUCAAAAUAAUUCCAAUUCACUUGAACUUAAUAACAUUAUUCAUUUAGCCAAAACUCUAAAUACUGAAUUUAAUAAUGUGAAUGAUUUAGAUAAAUUAAUUGAUCUACUAAUGGAAUUCAAUUAGACAAGCCAAAAAUUUAAUAUGAGUCUUUAAAAUAAUUAAAAUAUCAAGAUUUAAAAUAUGCAAAAUUAAAUUUAAGAAUUAGAAUUAUAGAAGAAAGAAUAUAAUGAUAUUAAAGUUCAAAGAUUGGAAUUAUUAGAAUUGAGUUAGUAGAUGAAUAGCAAAAUUAUAUAAUAAUCAAAUUAGAUUGAAGAAAUGAAUCAAUAAAUAGCAUCUCUUACUUAAUUAUUUGCUAAAUCCUUAUAAGAUUUAGAAAGAAUCUAAGGUGAAAAUGAAACACUUAGAAAAUCUUAUAAUUGUAAUACAAACUUUAGUAAUACUGUUACAACAAGAACAUAAGAAGGGAGUGUAAGUUUAAAGAAUCAUUUUAUUGCAAAUAGAUAUUCCACCUAUAUUCCAAGAGAAAGUAUUAGUUGCAAGAAUUCUUAUAGAAUUGAUCAAAGAUAAACUAAUUUCAGUUCUGAUUUUAAAAAAUCAUAACCUAAUUAUGAACUUGAUGAUAUUUGUUGUUUAUUGGAUUAAUUAUUGAAUUAAGGUUAUUCAAAUAAUACUCUAGAUUUCAUUAAUAAUGUAAAUUAAAUUAUUAUAAUAAUAGUUUUAAUGUUAAAGUGGAAAUUUCAAAAUUUAAAUGUUGUGGCAAAAACUUAAGGAUUUCUUAGUAAUUGUUUACUAUUCUUAUAAUUAAUAAGAUGAUAUAUUUAUAUCAUUGAACAAAUUUAUAACUGAUCUCAAAUUACCAAUUAAUUAAUUUGAAUUAAUUAUUGAAGAUGGAAUAUAGCAUACAACAAGUAAAUUAGAAUCUAAUUCUAUUCUCUUAUGUUAAUUAUUACAUCGAUUGGUAUCUGAUAUACAUGAUAUGAAAUCAUCAUAAACUUUUAUUUUCGAAUCAAACAUAAAGGGAGAACCUCAUAAAGAUUAUUCAUAAAUUAUUAUGUAAGAAUUAACAAAUCUAUCUAAAUAAUUGAUUCAUAUUUGUUAAGAGAAUGAUGACAUCAUUGUAUUAUAAAUUGAAAGGUAAAUUGAAAUACAAGAAUAAUUAAAAUUAUAAAGAAAUAAAUAGUUAAGAGACAUUUAAACUAGUACUUGUAAAAUAUUGAUGGAACUGUUUAAGGAAUGGAAGUAAAAUUAUCUUAAUAUCUCUUAAAUUUUGUUGAUCUUAUGUAAAGGUUGGCAAUAAUUGUAAUAAUAGAAAUAAGAUAGAGUCCUAGAUGGCAUAUUGAAAAAUGUUCAUGAUGAAAUAAAAUAAUUAUAAAAAUCUAAUUUAGGAUAAAUUAUUAGUUAAGAAUUGAAAACAUUUUCAUUUAUAUAUAAAUAAUGAACUCUAUAAUACAACAUUAUUUCAAUCAAAUUGCUUAUGGCAAUACUAUAGCUCCUUUGACUAAUCCAUAAAGAGUUCUUGAUCUUGAUUCAUUGGUUUUCUUGAUUUCAUCCUUUCUAGAAGAUGAAGAUUUAUUACAUUUUAUAUAAGUAACAUAUUAUUUCAUAUUCCCAGAUAAAUUCAAAGAUAAGGUAUUUGUCAAAGGGAUAUAAUUAAUUGAAUGUUAGAGUCUUAUAAAUUAGAAUAACUAAGUAAAAAAUAAUCUUAGAUGUAUGUUUUUAUAUUUAUUCUCUCUUCAUAGAACUUUAUUGAGGAUCCCAGUUUUAUAAAUAGUAAACAUCAUAAUUCAUGUUAUUUUUAUUAGUUCAAUCAUAAAACACUUAAACAAAAAUACUUUAUAAAUUUGUAAGAUUUGCUCAGAACUAAAAAGGUUCAAUAAUAAUCAUAAAUAUAAUUAUAAAAUAAUCAACCUUAACAAAAUGAAUACCUAAUCUAAAAAGUAUAAACAAUAUCAACUGAAGCUUCCAAAAAGGAAAUAGAAAAACAGAUUUCCAAUAUAUAAACUUUAAUAAAUGAAGAAUUGGAACAACCAAUUAAAUUGUCUAAAUUUAAUAUUAAAAUUGUAUUUUAUAUAUAUGCUUAUAUAAUUUUAGAAAGAUAUAACAAAAAAUUUAUGCCCAAUUGUUUAAUAUAAUAGAGCCAAGCAAUUAGCUAAUAAGAUUAAAACCUAGAAAUAAUAUGA